AUGGUAGUGGGUGGGGACCGCGUUUCGCUGAAGAGGGGGGACCACCGGUCGGAGCUGUCGGUAGAGUUAUUUUUCCCCAUUUUGCGCCGUAGCCACUAUUUCUUGUUGUGCUUUGAUUUCCAACGCGGUCGGUAUGAGAUUAUUGAUAGUGACUCUAAUCCCCAAGCAAAGGCGCAGAAGUACGGCGAUUGUAUUGAGGAGAUGAAGGUUAUGCUAUCGGCAUUUUGUAAAGUUGUUGCUCCUGGAAUGUCUGCUGCUUUUGUUGGUUUGGAAUCUAAGCGUUUGCAGAUGGCUUGGCGGGAUUCCAAGAAUCAGAUUGAUUGCGGGGUUUUUAUGAUGCGGCACACGGAGACGUUUCUCGGGCAGCGUGUUCUUGAUUGGGAUUGUGGUCUAGUUAAGGGGGACAGUACGAUUCUGCACAAGUUGAGGAUGCGGUACAUGAGGGAGCUCGUCCUUUGUGAGCAUAAUGUGCAUCGUUCGACCAACCUUUCUCGUGCGUAUCAAUCAAUAUCGGUUCCUCCUUCGGCCGUGUAG